AUGACCUCAGCUUCCCCAGACAGCACCCGGUGCCCUGUGCCCCCCAGACUGCGCCCUGGCUGUGCUGCCGGUGGACACGGUAGACGCAGGCGGAGCCCUGGGGGCCAGCGAGUGGCAGCUGGGGGGGGGCGCAGCAUCACCAUCACCCAGCUGCUGCUCGUCUGCUUGGCCCGGCGCCAUGGCAAGGCACUCGCCCGGAUGUUUGCUGCGUUCCGGCGGAUCUGCCUGGACGACCUGCGGAGGGCGCCGGUGGUGCGGGACGUGCAGCAAUACGUCCUGUGCCGGCUGGAGCAGGAGGCAGCGCUGCACCGGCACCUGACUCCCGAGAUGGCCGAGAUGCUCAACCAGCUGCACAUCACCAGCAAUGGCUGCAUCCUGUACCUGGAGCGGGUGCUCGACGGGGUGGCUGAAGGGUCGGUGGUGCUGCGGGAGACCCACCACAUCCCCGGCACGCUCAACGGCCUCUACCUGUGGCUCUUCCAGCGCCUCUUCUCUGCCAAGCUCUUCGCCCGCCUGCGGCUGCGGCUCAACAUGCUGCUGGCUGCACCCCACCCACUGCACUCCCACCAGCUCCAAGCCGCCCUCUGGGCGCGCCAGGCCGGCCCCGGCCCCAGCUGGGAGGAGUUCCAGCGCCAGCUCGACAGCCUGACCACGCUGCUGCUGGACGGCCCAAGCGGCACCCAGAUCCUCUUCCACACCAGCUUCGCCGAGUGGCUGCUAGACAUGAAGUACUGCACCCAGCGCCACCUGUGCAGCACGGCCGAGGGCCACAGCCUGCUGGCCCUCAGCGCCGCCUGCCGUGCCCCCCAGCUCAGCCCCCAUGAGGUGCACGACCUGGCUCAUCAUCUGCUGUGCACCCACCUGCACCUGAUGCCCUGCCAGCUGGCACUCUGGAUGGUGUGGCAGGACGUGUCCGUGGCCCACUGCCUGCAGGCUGACCUGCCGACACUGCCUCUGGAGACGGAGGUGCUGCAGCUGCUGGUGCUGGCGGAGGCACGCCUGGGCGAGCGGGAGGCCGGUGCGGGGGCCCUGCUGCACCAGGCGCUGGAGCGGGAGGACUCAGUGUGCAUGCUGCUGGAGAACGGGGCCAGCGCCAACCAGCAGGAUGCCGACAGGUGCACCCUGCUGGCCAGUGCUGCCCACAGCGGCAACCCCGAGGUGGCCAGCCUGCUGCUGGCCUGGGGCGCUGAGGUGGAGGUCCCUGACUGGCACGGGCAGACCCCGCUGACACUGGCCACACACCAGGGCCAUGCUAAGGUCCUGCACUGCCUGCUUGCCCAUGGCGCCCAUGUCAACCACGCUGACUGGAAAGGCUGGACGGCUCUGCGCUUGGUUGCCUGGGGUGGGCACGAGGCCAUGGAUACCCUGCUGCGGGCAGGCGGGGACGUGGACAGCUGGGACACGGAGGACCGCACGGCGCUCCGGGCAGCCACCUGGGGGGGCCAUGAGGACACCGUGUGGAUGCUGCUGGUGCACAGUGCCCAGGUGAACUGGGCCGACACUGAGGGGCGCACGGCCCUGAUCGCUGCCGCCUACAUGGGGCACCGUGAGAUCGCGGAGCAGCUGCUCAGUCAUGGUGCCAAUGUGGACAGCGCCGAUGCGGACGGGCACACGGCACUGUCCCUGGCAGCCCUGUGCGUGUUGGCCAGCCGCGGCCACGCCGAGGUGCUGAGCCUGCUGCUGGAGCAUGGGACCGACAUGGAGCAGGCAGACGCCGUGGGGCGCAGCCCACUGCUGGAGGCCACCGCCAUGGGGCACAGUGCCGUGGUGCAGACCCUGCUGCUGUGGGGCGCAGCCACGGGCGCCAAGGACAGCAAGGGCCGGACGGCUCUGAGCCUGGCGGCCGCCCAGGACAAUGAGGAUGUGGUGCAGGCCCUCCUGGAGUGCGGGCUGGACAAGAACCACCAGGACGCCAUGGGCUGGAGCCUGCUACAACUGGCCGCCCACGAGGGGCACGUGGGGGCCUGUGGGGCACUGGCCAAGCAUGGCGCCCGCCUGGCCCAGCAGGACUGGGACGGCCACACCCCUCUCAUCCUGGCAGCCCAGGAGGCCCACGGGGAGUGUGUGCGGUUGCUACUGGAGAGCGGCUCACACGUGGAUCACCGGGGCCAUGAUGGGCGCACAGCGCUGGGUGCAGUCGCACUGGGGGGGCACCGUGCCACAGCUGAGCUGCUGCUGCGCCACAGGGCUGACCCCAACCUGCUGGAUGCCAAGGGGUGGCCCCUGGCCUACCUGCUGGUGCUGGAGGGACGCCAGGCCCUGCUGGAGCUGCUCAUGGCAAGCGGCAGUGACCCGGAGGCACGGGAUGCCCAGGGGCGCACAGCGCUGCACGUCUCCUGCUGGCAGGGUCGGCUGGAGGUGGUGCGGGCGCUGGUGCACCACGGCGCCGAUAUCAAUGCACUGGACACGGAGUGGUGCUCAGCCCUGCACUCGGCCGCUUGGCAGGGCCACGUUGGCACCGUGAGCUUCCUGCUGGAGUGUGGGACCCACGUGGACCAGGCCUGCAUCCAGGGCGCACGCCCAGCCAUGUGGCCGCCCACUAGGGCCACGCCACCAUCCUGCACCUGCUGCAGAGUUACAGGGCACCAACCGCCACCACCACCUCCCCACUGGCCUCCUCUGGCAGCAGCCCCCUUGCUGCCCCUGCCCCCAGCCAGGGUCCCGGCUCAGACGGUGCCGGCUGACAGCCCGACCUUCACCCAGCAGCUGCAGCACUCGCUGCCCCGCAGCCGCCCGGCCCCUGCCCCCAAGAGCCCCCAGCCGCAGGCAGGCAGCCCAGGGCGGGAGGGGGCGCUGGAUCCCAUUGAGCCCGAGGGCCGGCCAGAUGUGGACCUCAGAGGUUGA